CAUCACUACCACCAUCCUCCUUUACAGAAACAUUUUCGUCAUAUCCCGCCUCAUGCUUUUAUCCACUCUUGUCGGACUAGUUUUCCGCAUCAUAAAUUCCGCAAAGGUCGCGCGUUCGGUGAGGACAUUUAAAGGAGAAUUAGACUGACCUGUCAUCCACUAUCAUAAUAUAUAUGUCGUCCGUUGCGUGCAUAUUUUUCGCUACGUUAUCUGUAACCAAAAGAAAAGGAAGCAGCCUCAAAUCUAUUGUAUGGGACCCAUCACGAAGGCUGAAGAACAGUGGUACCCCCUAAACACUGCUGGAAGCAAAGUGAACGAAACGAUUAACGAAUGGAGGGACCUAUUCAUCGUUUUAAAUUCUAAAUAAAUGUAAUGUAGGUCCUGCUCUUCAUCUCAUCUGACCUCAGUGAAGCUCAAAUUGUAAAGGGAGCAUUUUUCUCAUGGCCUGCAUUCACGACAGCCGCCCAGCUUCACCGUGUGUACUAGGCUUCGGUGUUCCCGCCCCCGAGCAAUCCUUCCGUGACCUGGAAUCACCUGCCUGCACCCCAGAAACGGACCUGACUCCCACCCAGUGUGUCCUACGCAACGUGCUCUCAAUCGACACGGGCCAGGCUCACGGAGAAGGCCACAGCCCCACCCCCAGUGAGGAUGCCCAGGAACACUUUGCUAACAGUGUGCUUAAGCUCCAUGAGAACGAAGGAAGCCGAGCUGAAGCAGAGGCCCCGGAGGCAGGCCCUGUUAUCCCAGGACACAACAGCUGGCUGCAUUGUCAGCCAGGAGGAGGGGGUGGCUUCCUGGAGGGUCUCUUUGGGUGCCUGAAACCCGUUUGGACUAUGAUUGGCAAGGCAUACUCCACAGAACACAAACAUAAUAAUGAUGACAUGUGGGAGGUGCCAUUUGAAGAAAUCUCAGACUUACAGUGGGUCGGUAGCGGGGCCCAGGGAGCAGUCUUUUUAGGGAAGUUCCAUGGGGAGGAAGUAGCUGUUAAGAAAGUGAGAAACAUCAGAGAAACAGACAUCAAACACCUCCGCAAACUGAAGCACCCCAACAUCAUCACCUUCAAGGGCAUUUGCACACAGGCUCCCUGUUACUGUAUUAUCAUGGAGUACUGCGCGCAGGGUCAGCUGUAUGAGGUGCUACGUGCAGGUAGAAAGAUCACACCUUCACUGCUCGUAGAAUGGUCCAUGGGCAUCGCAGGUGGAAUGAACUACCUGCAUCUCCACAAGAUCAUCCACAGAGAUCUAAAGUCCCCAAACAUGCUGAUUACGUACGAUGACCUGGUGAAGAUCUCAGACUUCGGCACCUCCAAGGAACUGAGUGACAAGAGCACAAAGAUGUCUUUUGCUGGUACGGUGGCCUGGAUGGCUCCUGAAGUUAUCCGAAAUGAACCUGUGUCUGAAAAAGUUGACAUUUGGUCUUUUGGAGUUGUACUUUGGGAGAUGCUGACAGGAGAGGUGCCAUAUAAAGAUGUAGACUCCUCUGCCAUCAUCUGGGGUGUUGGAAACAACAGUUUACAGCUACCUGUGCCACACACCUGUCCUGAUGGCUUCAAGAUUCUACUUAAGCAGUGCUGGAACUGCAAACCCAGAAAUAGACCUUCUUUCCGGCAGAUUCUUCUCCAUUUGGACAUAGCCUCAGCUGAUGUUCUGUCCACUCCACAGGAAACCUAUUUUAAAUCUCAGGCAGAGUGGAGAGAUGAGGUGAAACAACAGUUUGAGAAGAUCAAAUCUGAAGGUACCUGCUUGCACCGACUUGACGAGGAACUUAUCAUCAGGCGUAAGGAGGAACUAAGGCAUGCCCUGGACAUCCGUGAACACUACGAAAGAAAGCUUGAAAGAGCCAACAACCUUUACAUGGAGCUCAAUGCAGUUAUGCUGCAAUUAGAGUUAAAGGAGAAGGAACUACACAGACGAGAACAGUAUCUUGAUAACAAGUAUCCUGGCCUGUUCAAACAUCACAGUACCAGACAAGGAGGCUCCAAUUCCAUGGAUAAACUCAUUAAAAAACGCAAUGUACCUCAGAAACUGCCUUCUCAUAGCAAAAGACCUGAUCUGCUGAAGUCAGAAGUUAUCCUCCCCAAACUAGACUCUUCUAUGACCCAAGUCACCAUUCCGUCCUGCGCCAACAAGACUCCCACCUCACCUGCUCGCUCUCGGAGGGGUAAACCCCGUUACCGCAAGGUGGCCAAGGGUGGUAGCAAUGACCUCGCCAGCCUGAAGACCAUGUUUUCUAGUUCUCUACAUGAAAAAUCCCCAAGAAACCACAGCAAUGCUCCCAACAUUACUGUCCAAUGUAGAGAGCAACACCUGGGCUCCAGGGCAGCUUACAGAGAUGAUCGGUUGCCGAAGAAAAUGUCCUCCUCCAGUCCAGACCUCAUCUCCACCAUCAUGAAGGCUGAAGCUGAGAGCCGGCGCCAAAGCUCAGACACUGGGCCUGAGAGAGGAAGCAGCCUGAGUGCUUCCGCCACAUUAGGUGGUGUUAGUGGAGGUGCAGGUGGUGAAGCUGAAACACUACCUUGCAGUGACACUCCCAGUGAUGACACAUUUGUCCCGUUCUCCAAGAGGCCCGAGUGUUCUGCUGCUAAGGUAUCGACAGGAUCUCCACAGUUAACUCAGACAGGAAGUAAAAAAAACGACAGUGGGGUAUCACAACGGUUACCUAGGCAGGAUCAGAGGCUCACACCUGCAACUAUGCUCUAUCGAGCAGCAAUCGCACGCACACAGCGGCGAGGAGCAUCGUCAGAAGAGGAAGAGGGAGAAGUGGAUAGUGAAGUUGAGUUGCCACAGACAUGUCGACCCACGAGUAUGAUGAAGUGCCACUCAGUGUCCACCUUCAGUUCUGAGAACCUGUCAGAUGGUGAAGAGGGCAACACAAGCGAACAGUCCCAUAGUGGUCCUCCUGAUGUGGUCAGCACUAUCACCGAUGACCUGAUGUCCCAGGAGUCUGAGAUUCCUGCCGACCCAACAAGCUUCCCCGUCACAGAACUGUAACAAGAUUUGAUGAAAACCAUUAUGUAGGUCAGUUUUAAAAUGCCGAGAUCACCUUAAUUAAUGCAAAUUAUAAAUCCAAAUAUAUAAAACUGCAGUUGACAGCAAAUGUCUUGGAAAUGUAAUUAGCAAUCCACGUCAUUCUGAAUGUUUUAUUUAAUUUUAUGCAGUGACCACUGGAAUUUCCAGCACACUCAGUUAAUUUGAACAAAAAUUAAACAUUUUUCAUUAUUUGUGUUUUUUUUCUGAUCAACACCAUAAACAUUUAAUCCUAAUUACAUAUCCUUGCACAAAAUCCUUUUUUAUAAACAUAUUUUCUUUCUGAAAAAUAUGUGCCAUAAUCAUUGGCAUCCCAGAGUGUGGUGCUUUGGCAGUCUGAAUCUGUGUUGACCUCUGUAUUUUGCUGAACACUUUUAAACAUUUCAACCUUAAUCUGUUCUGAAAAUAAAGCAAACCCCAAACCAUUGGUUGAGGCAUGCAUAUUCUGGUUUGUUUCUACUUGCAGUCAGAGCUGCUAUGUCAGAGAUGAACUACAGGAAGAUUAACAUGCCACAACUAUUUACAGUAUAUUAAGUUGCAGAUUAAUAGUUUUGAAGGUUUAAGAGGUAUAAUUAUUUUUUUUCUCCUCAGAACAGUGGCAUGCUUGAUGCCUCUAACUGACAGAUUUCACAAACUGCAAACAACAGAAACCUUAAACUGUUGCCUGUAAAUGUUCACAUUUAUGUAUUUAUAUGUAUUAUAUAUUUAUUUCUGCAUUUGUUAUUUUUCCAUGUAAACUACAGUUUUUACUUCAUCUUUUUAUUGGAUAUAUGAACAUUUGAGUCACUUAAAUAUACAUACAUGUUAAACACAAACCAAACGUACUCAACAUAAUGUACUCAUUAUAGUGUUUUAUUCUGAAGGGGAAAAAAAUUGCAUUACAUUUUUGGUUUAAUCUGUAGAUGGGGAUGUUGACAAAGUAGGACAUGUCAUAGAUGUCUUUCUCAUUUAAAUAAUUUUCUGUAUUAAAUUAUUUUUAAUUUAAUAAUAAUUUUACUUUAUAUAUUCUCAUAUAUUGUUCAUGUAGAGUUUACUCCUCACAUUUUACAAAAACUAAUUUAAAUUUGGAAGAAUGAAUGCUAACUCAGAAACAUUGGUGCUAACCAUUUAAUUGUGCCCUUUAUCUUGCAACACAUAAAUUUCAGUGCUUUACUGACAUAAACAGUACAGCUGAACGUUAUGGAUUUUGGUAAUGGUGACUUUUUCUUUACAGUAACAGCAAUUUACAGUGACUCCUACUGCCAAAAGAUUGUUUGAAAGCCAGGAAGAUCUUCCUUUGAAAGAACAUUAGUUUUUUUAUGCAUCAUGUGUGAAAUAAACGUUUUCUUUGUCAAAGCAAUGGUGUUUUAUGUUGUCUGCUUUGUCCGUCUUUAGUGUUAUUUGUUCCACCCCUCCCCUCACACCUUGCUAAUAAAUACUCCAGCUCGAGAACUUAUUUAUUAUUCGAGAACUGUUUAGAAGCUACACUUCUUGGAACCUUCCAUUAUUAGCCCUAGGUUUGUUCAUUUAAUUUCACAUUGAUUACAAAAUACUACUACUGACCUAUGAGGUCUAAAUGUUUUUACCCCAUGGAAUUUAAGAUGAUAUAGACUGCUAAUUUUUAUUUGGUAUGUUCUAGGCCAAUUGCACUGGCAUUUGUGAGCAAAAAUAACCCAAAUCUCUGAAAAUCACUCUCUUUAAAUUAGUUAAAAUUUGAGGGUUAUAUAAUAAUAAGAUUGCUUUACAGUAAUGAUCAGAAUUCCUUUUAAUCAUAUUACCCACCACAUCCCAAUAUUCCUGAUAGUUAAUAAUUAUCAUUAUGAUUGGAUUAUUGCAAUUCCCUCUUCAGUGGUCUCCCUGCAAAAACUAUAAACAGACUACAGUAUUCAUCAAGCAGUACAUGUCCUUUAAUAUUUUCCCCAAUGAUUUUUUAACACCCAAAUCUACAGUCAUUUUUCUGAGGAUGUGCACAAACAUCAUUUUGACAACCAUAAAAAUAAAGUCUGACUUAAGCGAAAAGCAUAGCGCAGGAGAGUAGUGUUAAUGUGUUUCCUUAUGUUUUAUCAGCUUGUGAUCUAUGGCUUUUCCCAGUCACAUUAAUAGACAGUCUUAAACAAGAAUCAUCACCCCACAUGGGGGUUUAUUUUAAAAAACAAAAUUGAAAAGAAAAAAAAGUUAUCCAUUUCAUAACAUAAUAUUCCAACUCAGUAAUCAGUUUUUACAAAAAGUGUAAUUUGUGUGUGUGUGUGUGUGAGAGAGAGAGAGUGUGUCAGUAAUUCUUUACAUUAUACCAUUACAGGGUAACUAUACCAUUAAUAAAAGUGUAAUAGACUGAGUAUCAUUGCGAUGCUAGGUAGCACACUACUACUCUGUUGGUAUAAGUACAGUAGGUUAUAUUUUACUGUACAUUACACUGAAAAUAACUGUAUAGUUACAACGUAACAGUGAAGUAAAGUGUUACCGAUGUUUAUAAAAUAAGCAGCUCAUUCUCUUCAGUUCAGAAACUUACCCAGUUUCCCCACAAUCCAACUUCAAAUAAGUUUUCAUUAUGCAAAUCAACCAGCACAAGAGGGAAGGUGGAAAAAUGGUAACGUUAGCAUAGGUGACAAACACUGCUAAAACAAUAGGAAGUUUCUUUGAUACAACUGGAGCUUUCAGGUUGCAAGACAAGUGGAUAGUCCUGGAUUAAACAUGUAGCUCCCAUUACACUUAACUUAGCAAGAGACCACAUAGGCAGGAGGUCCAGUGAGUAAGUACAAUGCUUUUAUGACCUUUACAUCAGCCUCACCUCAUUUAGUCUACUCAAAUAUAUCUUUGAAGCAUCAGGUUAAAGAGUCAGUUAUAAAGUACAAUACUAAACUAAACAAAUUAUAAUAAAAGAGAUAUUCAGUAUUGAUAAAUAUAAUCAGGUACUG